AAGUUUCAAUGGACAACAAAACUUAACAAACAAACAUUCACAUACACCAACAUAUCCAAAAAAAAUGGCCACCAUUUUCUCAUCACCACCACCACCACCCAUUUUCUCCUCCUCCUCCUCCUCCACUACCACCACCACAACCACCACCACCAUAUCAAAACCUUACCUCUCUUUCAAACACCAACAACCUCUAGCCACAACUUUAACAGCAGCAGCAGCAAUAGCCACUAUUCUCACAGCAUCACCACCAUCAUUAGCAGCAGAAUCAUCUCCUUACAAUAUCUACUACGGAACCGCGGCAAGCGCCGCAAACUACGGAGGAUACGGUGGAAACUCAAACAAGAAAGACUCAGCUGAAUACAUUUAUGAAGUACCAGAAGGUUGGAAGGAACGUUUAAUCUCAAAAGUUGAAAAAGGUACAAAUGGAACAGAUAGUGAAUUCUAUAACCCAAAGAAGAAAACAGAAAGAGAAUAUUUAACUUUCCUUUCUGGGUUUCGUCAAUUAGCACCAAAAGAUGCUGUUUUGAACAAUUUGGCACUUUCUGAUGUGAAUUUGCAAGAUAUAAUUAGUAAUGCUGAUAAUGUUAGUACUGAAGAAGUGAAAGAUGAAAAGGGUCAAGUUUAUUAUGUUUAUGAGAUUGAUGGUGUUGCUUUUCAUAGCUUGAUUUCUGUUACUUGUGCUAAUAAUAAGCUUUAUGCUCAUUUUGUUAAUGCUCCUACUCCUGAGUGGAAUAGAGAUAAGGAUGUUCUUACUCAUGUUCAUAAGUCUUUUAAGACUAUUGUUUAAUUUUAGUUUUGAUGUAUAGAUAACAUGGUUGUUCUGCAAUGGAUAUUCUAUGAUGAUGA